ACUAUCAAUAUGAGCUCAAAUUCUAUCAAGCAACCCUUUUUUCAAUAACUUGAGCCUAAUCUAUUUGCACAACUUGUACACGUUCUGCGGCUUAACUAAAAUGGCAGAUUCCAUCAAAAUUUUGCUACUUCUAUUUAUCGGGACUGAUUUUUCUUACAACCAAGAAAUUCUAGUUCCGGAUACCGUUUUGGACGCAACUACAAAAUAGACAUUGUGAGUCUGAAGCGGGUGUCUGUGAAGACUGUGAUUGGAUACUGGAAUGACUCACACGGUCUCCACAUUUUCCCAGAGGGCGGCAAAGAGACAUCAGACGUCGAGGACCAGAGUGACGUUUUCAAGGAGAAGCCGGUCGAGGUCGUCACCAUCGAGGCUCCCCCGUUCACCAUGCUGAAAGAAGGCCACUCGCCGGAUGAGGGAAUCGAGGCAUUCGAGGGCUUUUGCGUGGACCUGCUGAGAGAGAUAGCAGCCCAGACUAACAUGUCCUACAAGAUACAUUUGGUGCGAGAUGGGAAGUACGGGGCAUCCAUGGCCAAUGGGUCCUGGAAUGGAAUGGUGGGAGAACUCAUAGACGGGACGGCUGACAUAGCCCUGGCCCCUCUUACCAUUACGUCCGAGCGACAGAGAGUGGUCGACUUCACGAAGCCCUACAUGGACGUGGGGGUCAGCAUCAUGAUGAAACGAAGCACGGCAACUACAAGCAGUUUCUCUUUCCUUCGUCCACUGCAGACAGAGAUCUGGAUGUGCAUCGUCUUCUCGUACCUGUCAGUGAGUGUGGUCCUGUUCAUAGUGUCCAGAAUCAGUCUGGUGGCCUGGAUGCCCCCCAGUGAGAUAGAGGAGGCUGAGCAUGCAGUGGGGGUAGCAGGAGGGGGAGGGGAGUACCAGUUCACGCUGUCCAACUGCUUCUUCCUCAUGUUGGGGGCGGUGCUGCAGAGGGGAGAGGACAUAUGCGACAAGUUAGUCUCUCCUCUCUCUUCAAAUAAGUCCAAAUAUACUAUCACAUCAGCUCACGGACAACAUUUUUCUUCCUGGGAUGAGAAGAUCGACGUAGGUUUUGACCAAAUUCAUCGGUGA